AUACCAGGGCAAUGUAUAGCGUGCGAAUUUUUGAGUGUUGCAUCAAAUUGGGAAAGUUUGAGAGAAAUUUUGUCUUGUGAGGAAAUCCGGUAUUAUUCCUACCAAUUAUUCCUAGCUUUGGACUACUGUCAUUCGGGAAGGAUAAUUCACAGAGACAUCAAUCCUACCAAUCUCCACAUUGAUCGUACAAGAAAAUUACUGAAAGUAAUGAGCUGGCAUUUCGCCGUGGAACAUAAAUUUAUAAAUCGCUAUGAGGAAUUCUAUAAUGGAAGAGACUACAGAAGUCCAGAACUACUGGUCAAGCAUAAGCGAUAUGGAUAUGGUAUUGAUAUGUGGGCAGCAGGAUGCGUUAUAGGUGCAACAAUAUUUCCCGAAAAGUUCAUUUCCAAUGCAGCAUUUGAUGACGAGCAAUUGUUUAAAUUAGCUAGUAUUCUGGGGUGGAGGUCAUUGCAAGAUUUUCUUUUGAAAUUCAGAUCACCACUUGCCAGACUCAUAGGGAAGAAAUUAAAUGAGAUGGAAACUGAUACAUGCCUGGAAGAUCUCGUAACGGAGAAAAACAGGAGAAAAGCGACUGAUGAUGUUAUUGAUUUAUUGAAAAAGUUGUUGGUUUACCAACCUAAAGAUCGUUUACACACAAGGAGUGCACUAAAUCAUCCCUAUUUUUUCGGUGCUGGCAAGGAACAGUGUUUGCACUACAACAAAACGGAAAGAGUGGAUUUAAGAAAGAUAUUGGCUAAUGGAAUUUACAAAGAGGGAUUAGAGACCUGCAAGUUUUACCAAGUGAUGGAUAAAACAAGUGGAAAAGAAUAUGUUGCAAAAGUCAUAGAUGCUGAGGAUAAAGACGCAAUUGUGAGGGAAUAUAGCAUUGCGAAAAAACUCAUAGGAUGGCCACAUAUCAAUCACAUUUCGGGCAUCAUAUCCAGUAAAAUUGGAAAUAUCUACUUACAUGUAUAUGAAUACGUGGAGGCAGCACCUUGGGACUUGCUCUACAACAGCUUGUCAAUAGAAGAUAUUCGACUCUACAUCUACCAACUUCUUAUGGCAGUCGAAGUAUGUCAAAUGAAUAAUAUAAUACACCGUAAUAUCAAACCCAGUAAUAUACUCAUCGACUGCGCCAGAAAACAGGCCUAUCUCGCAGACUUUAGCCAGGCAACUUUUUAUUCCGAUAAGAAACCUCUUCGCACAGAUGUUGGCACGAUACCCUACUGUGCUCCCGAAAUACUAUUGAAGCAAACGGUUUGGUCAUAG